UUAAUAUUCAAAGAUACUAAUACUGAAGAUAAUAUGAAGACAAGAAAAUCUCUGCAUGAAAAAAGUACUACUCCAAAUGAAACAUCUGCUGUAAGUGAGGUAGAAAAAAAGAAAGUAUCAAAUAAGCAAAAGGUUUCUCAGCAGGAUG